AUGCAACGGCCACCGGACAGUGGCGGUGCGGUGCUGGCGAUGGGGGAGGCGGGGGCGUCGACGGCGUGCGGCGGGCGCGCCGUGUGCAGCGGGAAUAUACGAUAUGUGCGCAGAGCCGAAGCGGGUGAACAGGAGGGCAUGUGGAGAAUUCCAGCUAGCAGAGCUUGCGCGGAAGGAUCUGCACGGACGGGUCGUGGACCGUCCAGUUCGGCCGCUUGUGUGGUUGCCUCAGCGCGUGCCAGGAGACAAGUGGAUGGCGAAAAGGCACACGGCGGCCACAGGAGUGCGGAGUGCGUGUACGCGUCCCAUGCCUCCACUUUCCCCGUGCCACUUCGAGCAAAGAUAACGACGGAACCACCGCAAUUGUCAGGAUUCUGCCCGGCGCCCCGCCGGCACAGCCUGUCUUCAUGUCGUCUGCAACCGUCUGGGCCUCUGUCACCCGGCAGGUCUUCUCGAGGCUCGCGCCGCUUCGCCGCCCGCGCCGUACGGGCUUUUCUAUUCCUUUUUCUCUCCCUGCUCCUCUUGCUUCGCCUUCUGCGUGGAUGUUCGCUGCUGGCUGCCUCCACUUCUGGGCGCCAGUCCGCCGAGCCGGUUUCGACAGACGCACGUCACGGGCCGCUCGAGGACUCCUCCCUCACUUCGCGCGUCCGCUGUGGCCUCGAACUCCCCGUCCUCGCGCCGUUUUCCCUCCUCGCCGUCUCGUGCGCGUCAGCGGCGUUCCUGGCUGAACCGCGGGAACGGGACGAACCCACAGAGGGAGUGUCGACUCCGGGAGCUCUCCCGUGGCUGUUGGACGUGGCUGGCUAUCGCCGGGCUUCCGGCCGCGAAGCUGCGGACGAGAGGCGACGAGGGCGAGGAGAAGCUGAACCGAGCCGGGUUCCGAAGCUCACGGGAGAGGACGUGGACGGAGGCAGUGAGUCCGGGUGGAGGGAGGAAGGACGACAGGCCUCUGGUUCCGCGGUAGCCCCUCUCGCAGCGCUGACUGAGGAGCUUGUCGAGGCCCCAGUUCGCUCUGACCGUGUUCAAAGCUCCCAUGGUGGUGCAGCGGCAUCUAACGCGGACAUGCAUCCAUGGAGGAGCCUCCUUGCCACCGGAGUCGCAAAUUCGGUAGAGGCCGCUACCUCGCCUUUCGCCUCCCAGCCGCUCGUCGGCGGCGACGCACUGGGAGGCCAGCCGGCUUCAGCGGCCUCAGAGUCUCCCUACCUCCACUCCAGUCAGCCUCCCUUCGGCUUGGCCUUCUUCGCUCAGCCUGCGUGUUCGGAUCCUUCGUCGCGCUCCUCGUCCCCGUAUCCUUCGUCUGCAGCCGCAGUUCUGUCCACCCUUCCUGAGUCAAGCCGGCCGGCCGCUCCGACCCGCUCGGUCCCUGCCUCCCGGGCGCCGGAGACGUCCUCGGCUUCGCCGCCUUUGCCCCCUGCGGACGCGUCUUCGGAAGGAUCUCCUGGAGCCGUGCCGGCGCGCGAGGCGCCCCCUGCGCCUGCUGCCGUGCCCUCCGCUCUUCCGGCGUUUUGCGGGGAGAAAGAAGACCUCUCUGCGUGCGACGUAGUGAAGGACGGCACCUGCUACAUUCUCGCGGCGUCUUCGACCCGUGCGGCGGAGCUCCUGGGGCCUCCCACAGAGCCCGCGCAGCCGCAUGCAGACGAAGAGGAGGCUGCGAAGUUCGACGGGAAGCGGGGUGAGCGAGGAGAGUUGAAGCUCAUGGAGAGGCCCGGCCCGCCGACCUCCGAGGUCAGUGGCACGCGGGAGGAGCGGCGGGCGAACGGAGAGAGCCCACGCAGGGACGUGGCCUCCAGCGAACGAGACGCGCAUGCAGGCCGAGGACCAACAGACAGGCCUGGGCAGCUGCAGAAUGUGCGGCUCUUGAAGGACGGGCUACGCAUCGUCUCUCGCGGGCGCAUCGUCAUCGACGCGGAUGUGCAGCUGCUGUGCCGCUCAGCGUUGUACGCGGAGGAACGGGCAAAGCUUCGGCGCCUGGAAGAGGCUGCGAAGCGGACAGCGGAGAAGAAGAGGAAAUACCGCGCGGAUCUGGCGAGCGGCAGAAAUAGAGGAGGAGCUCGAAGGGGCGGCGAUGCGAAUCGAAGUGCCGGGCCUCGGAAGCCGAAAAAAAGGUCCCUUCUGGGGUUCCUCUUUUCCGCUCCUCGUCGCGAGCAAGAUGAUCUCUUCUCGCUUGGGGAGCAUGCGGACGCGGACAACGCGGGCGAACUACGGUCGCCGGCUGAAUCGUCCCCGCUCCCUCCUUCGGUUUCUGCUGCUGCGGCUGCGUCGCAGGUCGAUUUGCGUCCUCCAGCGCGUGAGUCUCAUGCGUUUCCGCCUGAGGCGGCUUCAUCGUUUACGGCCCCUGCCCUCGCCGCAUCCUCUGGCGCGCCGCUCGUGCAGGAUCGUGUUGAACUUUGCUCCGGGGACGUCAUUCUCUUUUCGCCGCGGUCGCGGCUCCACUGCAGAGAGAUUUUCUUACUAUCGGAGCGCGAAAUCGUUCUCCAAGCUGGUGCAGAGAUUUCGGCCAACGCCACGAGUCUCCUUAGCGCGGACGCCAUCGCCCAGCAUCGCCAGGCUGUCGGCGGCGCGGGGUCGGAGGCCUCUCGCGCAGACGCCAGCACCGCGGCGAGGCAGCAGCAGACUGGCGAGGCCGCCGGUGUUUCUCGCGAGCCCGACGCCUUGCACCUAGACGGCGGGUCGCGAGGAGGCCCGCUCUCUGCAGACGCAGACGCGAACAAAGGACUCCAGGCGGCGGAGCUGACAGACGCGCGACGCCGGCCGACCGCAGAUGGAAGUGCAAGCACUCAAGAUAAGAGGGAGACGUCUUCAGCUUCAUCCAGUAGUGCUUGGGGCGCGAUCGCCUCGCUGAGAAGUGACAGUAUCCGGCUCCGAGGCGGAAGCUACGGAGGCGUCGGCGGACGCCUGGCACAGGCGACGUGUCAAGACGAGGGCGCGGACGAUCCGCACACGUCGCUGCCUACGCACGAGCUGACGUACGGCUCGCCCUUCCUGCCGGUGCACCUCGGGGUCGCCGGCAGACUCGUCGCCGAGUCAGCCGUUGCCCUGGCCGUCAGCGGCCCGCGGGCGUCUCAGCCGAGCGACACGCGGCUGCCUAACGCGUUAGAGGCGCCCGAACGCGCUGGCAUCGAGGCACCUCGCGGCGGGGGCCUCGUGCUGAUGUACGCCGGCGACCGGCUGGUGCUCGACGGAGGACGAAUCUCGGCUUCUGGCGAAGAGGGCUGGCACGCGGACCCGCAGACAGAGUUCAGCGCAAGCGGCGACGGACCAGCCGGCGCGGGCGCCAGAGGCUCGGGCGAACGGGGCGAGAAGGACGCGGAAGUCCGCGCGAGUGCCGGGAGGAGCGACGAUAAGGGAACAAGACUGGCUGCGCCCGGCGACAAUGGUAGUAGUUCGGCGCGCGCGGGCGAAGUCGGCGCCGAUAAGAUAAAAGGGUGCAGGACGAAGACGAAGAGCUGUAGCCCCGCAGAGACCGAGGCGACGACCGGCCAAGGCAAGGCCGGCGACGCAGGGGCGAGACGACGCGAGGCAGGGGCAAGGAGCCCAGUGGAGGCGGCUGCGCCCCGAUGGCUCCAGACGCUGACCCAGUGGCUCGUGCCCCCACCGCUGAGACGCGGGGACCCGAAAAACCAGAGAUGGCCUCCGCGAGGCGCGGGUGGAGGCGACGAUGAAGUAUGCGACACACGCAGCGAGGGCGUCGCGCAAAGAGCGGAACACAACUGUGAGCCUGGCAAGCUUACUUUCCCGCCCUUGCCGGCGCAGGCGACCGCGGGCAGCGGUGGUUCCAUCCUUCUCAUUUCAGGUGACAUUCAUCUCUCGCGACCUCUCGAGGGGGGCGGCAGGCUGGUUGCUCAGGGCGGUGGGUGCCGGUCAGCGGCGUCACUGGAAGCGCGGUUUCGUGAGAGACAAGGGCGGCGGGAGUUUUUGUUUCCUUCUCAUCCUGCGACCGCGAACGCGGAAGGCGAGAGGCGACGGCGCGGGCCUACGCCGGGAGCGGGGCUCCGACCAGACACGGCGGCGCAGGGCGUCAUGGGAGCCUCGCGAGGUAGCCGCGAUCCGCGCAGCUUUACGCGCCCGGAGGCCCUUGCCUGGGAGGUCCCCGGUGCUAUUCCACAGGCCGUAGAGGCCGAGGGCUGUCCGGAUGACCGACGACGCGGAUGGAGUUGCAGGGGCGGCGGACGAAUCUGGAAAGAGAGACGGAGACAGGCGAAGCACCGACAGCAGCAACGCAAAGCAGCGACCGCGGAGGCAAGCGAGGCCAGGCGCGAGGCGUAUGUCGAUGACUGGCUACGCGACCAAGCUUGGGGGACUGCGCUGCAGGAGGUGGCGGCCGCGUCGCCCUGUUCGUUCAGCGCGCGCACCCUCUCGUCCCGCUGGUAA